AAAUGAUCAUAAUAUCAUAAAAAAACAAAAAUGCUUCAAAAACAUCUCUGGAACGGUCAAUAUGUAGUUUAGAUGUUAUAAAAACUAUCUCGAAGUUAAAAUUAGAUUGGUAUGUGCCAAAAAUUUGAUGCGAUAUUGAUCCGAAUUUGAUGGCUUACCGUAUACAAAAUGAUUUUUUGCGCCUGUGAAGCAAAUGUUUUAUUUAUAAAGAAGAUGUUGCGCCUGGAAAAACUUGCGAAUGACAAGGGGUUCAAAAUAUACCAGUGUAAGAGAAUGUGGUGUGCCAAAAGCUUGUUAAGGGAGAGCUUUAAAAGUGACAACCAGACACACAGAAGAAGGGUAACAGUAAAAAAUUCUUAUGCGGUUUAUUUCAUCAAUAUCGUUAACAAGAAUCAACAAGAUCCCGAUAGUUCAGACUUUAUCAAUGACGCUUUCGAAGAUAUGGGUCGCUAUGAGACCCCCAUCAUAGCAGACGUGCUCCUUCAAAUAACGAUGGUAAGGGUAUGUACCCCCUUCAAAAUAACGGAAGGCGUGAACAAGUAUGUUCGAAUUGGAUAAAAAUUUAGCCUAUUUUCGUUAUUUUGAUCAAACUAAAGCACGUCUGUAUAAUAUAACCAUUUUCCAUGGAUAAUGGUUUACAGGUAAAUAGCCUUUAAAAAGUUAUGUUUUAUUCUUAUUGAUAUCAUACUGCUUAAAUAUAGACUAUUUAUUCUGUGUACCUUUCACUCAAACGAGGACAUUUUAGGAACACCACCGGUCAAAUAAUUAUCGACAUCAGAACUUAAGGCUGAGUGUUAAGAGUGUCAAAGAUAAGCUAAAGUAACAUCCAAGCAUUAUAAUGGUAUAUCUUAUUGCCAUGUAUACAACCACAAACCUAAAAAAAAAGGUUAAAGUUAUAUCAAACCCUCCUAUACACCACUGAAAUAUAAAUAAACAAUCCAAUAAAACGUGCUUUACUGCC